AUUCUGGAGGCUGCAAUGGGGGAGAUCGACCUCGUAGGACAAGUAAGAUGGUUGUUGACUUCCGAUCGGUGUAAAGACAACCUGUUACACUCUUCUCUCCCAGGUUUACAGGAUAAUUGUCUGACAUAAAGGCCAAAUCUCCAAUACGUGGAGCUAAUCAACGCGGUCAUAUUUCUGUUCUCCAUACUUCAUCCAUCAUGUCCUCAGUAGCCAAACGUCGUCUCCAAGCCGUGAGCCAGCAAUUGGUGGAAGGCAUUCCGGAUGCAGGCACAUUCGAGGGCAUUCCUCGCAUCCGCCAGGUUGCUGGCGAUUCUGUCGGACCCCGAGUCAAGGACAAAGUCGCAAUUGUAACCGGAGCCAACUCCCCCGCAGGCAUCGGCCGCGCCGCAGCGCACCAAUAUGCCCACAACGGCGCCAAAGCCAUCUACAUCUGCGACUACGCCGACAGCCACCUGGCAACACACAAGCGGGAGAUUGAAUCCCUGUAUCCCGGUGUAGACAUUCACAUCCGCCAAUUCGACGCGGCCGACGAAGGAGCCGUCAGAGCAGUCGUGCACGACGCACUAGAGAAGUAUAACCGACUGGAUAUAUUUUUCGCCAAUGCGGGCAUCGUGGGCCAGCCGAAGAUCUUCACUGAGGUUACAGCGGAGGAAUUGAUGAAGACGUUGAAUACGAAUGUGGCUAGUGUCUUCCUAGCAGCCAAAUACGCUUCCGAGGGUAUGAAGCGUACCUCAGAGACGAAGCGGUACCCCGGAGGUUCUAUUAUUUGCACAGCCUCUAUUGCCGGCCUGCGCUCUAAUGGUGGUUCGACGGAUUACUCUGCUUCCAAGGCGGCGGUUGUUUCCGUUGCCCAGACGUGUGCGUAUCAGUUGGCUGGGACGGGGAUCCGCGUCAAUGCGAUUUGUCCGGGGUUGAUCGAGACAGGCAUGACUCAGGCGAUGUUUGAUGCCGCACGGGCGCGAGGCACGGAGCGGAAGGUCGGGCAGCUGAAUCCUCUGCAGCGCGGAGCGGUUGCGGAUGAGGUAGCUCGGGUGGCAUUGUUCCUGGGGAGUGAUGAGAGUAGCUAUGUUAAUGGGCAGGCUUGGGCCGUGUGUGGUGGUCUCAGUGCUGGACAUCCGUUUGUGCCGGGCAAGUUGGCAUAGUGGGUAUCCAGCAUGCUAUCUAUCAGGUUUAUCAGGUUACUCAAAUUACUCUUCUAAAAUAAAUACAUAGUCUUCAAAUGAGAUUUGUAAACCAACAA